AUGGUUUUAUUCAAUUCUAUCAAAAAAUUCUCACCAGAAUGGGCUUUAGUGGUUUCAUUCACACUUUAUUAUGCUAUAAUUGGUAGUAAACAACCACCUUUUUUACGUGAAUUUUUAAUUAAUGAUCCAACUAUUCAACAUCCAUUUACACAAUUUGAAACUAUAGAUGAUAAAAAAUGUAUAUUAAUUUCAUCAUUGGUUCCAUUAGUAUUAAUAUGUCUUGUCACAUUGGGGAAACAUAAUUGGAAAUUUAAUAAAAUUAUCAAUAAUAAUAAAUUUUUCAAUUUUUUACAUUUAUCAAUAUUAGGUUUAGCUUUAUCAUUAUCAAUUACUGGUUUUAUUACUUUUUUCUUGAAAAAUAUGAUUGCAAGACCAAGACCUGAUUUUAUUGAUCGUUGUAAACCUGAUUUAUUAAAAAUUAAACCAAAUAAAUUUUUAUAUUCAAUUGAUAUAUGUACAAAUGAUAAUUAUGAAUUAAUCUUGGAAGGUUUACGUUCAACUCCAUCAGGUCAUGCAUCAAUAGCAUUUUCAGGUUUACAUUAUGUGACAUUAUUCUUAUUUGCACAAUUAUCAGUAUGGUCAAAUAGAAAAAGAAUUCACUUGUUGUUAUUAAGUGUUUUACCUGAAUUUAUUGCCUUAUUUAUUGCAUUAUCAAGAACACAGGAUUAUAGACAUCAUUUUGGUGAUAUUUUUAUGGGUACGCUAAUUGGUGUUGGUAUUAGUUAUAUUACUUAUAGGAAAAUUUUCCCAAGUUUUGCAGAUGAAAAUUAUCAAGAUGUUUAUUAUUUAAAAGAACAUUCUGAAAUUUUACCAUUAUAUCAAGAAAGAGAAAGAAGUGUGUGA